AUGGACCAAAGGCUUGCCAUAAUCCUCAACAUCGAAAACUCCAAGAGAGUUAGGGAGUGGAUGGAGACCCUGCCGGCCAUCCCCUUUGCCUCGAGGAACGGAGCAGCCACCUCCCCGGAUUUUGCCAGAGCGGACCUUAUGGAUCGGUGUCACCACCCAGAUUGUGCCUUUCAGGUUAGGCUGAUAUCGGUCCACAACCACUUCCACUACCAAGGGCUGCCCCUAGACCAACUCUACCCGGUACACUGGAGCGAACCAAGUGGAAGCACCGCCACGGAAAACACCUUUUGGACUGCCCGAUCCCGCCGCAGCGGAAAGGGCAGCAACGGUGCAGGGCGAUCGAUGGAAGAGGAUCUCUCGGGGGAACCAGAGGAGGAAAAGGAGGGGAAGGAAAUACCUCGGGAAACACCACAGGCACGACACGCCCCAUUCGAUAUGAACCUGUACCAAGCGUCAUGGUUCCAUAAACUCGACCUAUCCGACGACGCUUUCUCGAUCAACGAGGAAGACCGAGACUUCCUUACCAACAAGCCACUCGAAGCAUCGACACGAAAACAGAUAUCACGGCGGCUUCGGAAGUUAAAGUGGUUCCGGCCGCGUUACCCAACCAAAUCACAACAUAUUGCCCCAAAACUAAGGCAAUGGAAGCAAGCGGUGGUAGCGCGGCUGGGGGGGAAUCGUCCCGAAGGAUAG